AUACUAAGUAUGUAACUGACCCUCGGCUUUGGAAGUCAGGGUCGGGAUGCGGAAAAGGCUGUUAUAAACCCAUAGUCAUAUGAAUCAUAAAUGACAUUGCAAUAAAAGUCAGUUACCGGAAAAGACACAGGAAGAGCCUUUAUAACAUCUGUUUCUGUAUGAAGGUUUUAACUUGUUAUUUAGUGUCAGAAAAAGCUGUUUCUCCUUUAAGAAGCGUCCAUUUUUCAGCUGGAACUGCUUUCAUUUUCGUUUCUGUUCCUUCGCUGCGUAAGUCGCUGCCUGGCACCACUUCAGUUUGUUUAUUUUGAAAGCAAACGGGAACGACAAAUAUAACUUAUACUGGUUAUCGGUCUGAUGUGAUACGAAGGCGAAGUGGCAAAGAAGCUGCAAGAUAACAACAUGGCAGAAUCAGGUUUACCGUGGGAUACUGUGGAAGAUAUGGACGUGGAUGGGAGACGCCACCCCCAUCACAGCUGGCAGGAGACCAGCGGGAGACCAGCGGGAGACCAGCGGGAGACCAGCGGGAGAGCUUCGUGCUGGGCUGCCCUACAGGGCACUGCCACGGGCGUCCCAUAGUGAGAACCCUCUCUACACCCAGAGACGCCACCCCCCCAUCACAGCUGGCGGGAGACCAGCGGGAGACCAGCGGGAGACCAGCGGGGGACCAGCGGGAGACCAGCGGGGGACCAGCGGGAGACCAGCGGGAGACCAGCGGGGGACCAGCGGGAGACCAGCGGGAGACCAGCGGGAGAGCUUAGUGCUGGGCUGUCCUACAGGGCACUGCCACAGGCAUCCCAUAGUGAGAACCCUCUCUACACCCAGAGACGCCACCCCCCAUCACAGCUGGCGGGAGACCAGCGGGAGACCAGCGGGAGAGCUUCGUGCUGGGCUGUCCUACAGGGCACUGCCACGGGCGUCCCAUAGUGAGAACCCUCUCUACGCCCAGAGACGCCACCCCCCCAUCACAGCUGGCGGGAGACCAGCGGGAGACCAGCGGGAGAGCUUCGUGCUGGGCUGCCCUACAGGGCACUGCUACGGGCGUCCCAUAGUGAGAACCCUCUCUACACCCAGAGACGCCACCCCCCAUCACAGCUGGCAGGAGACCAGCGGGAGACCAGCGGGAGACCAGUGGGAGAGCUUCGUGCUGGGCUGCCCUACAGGGCACUGCCACGGGCAUCCCAUAGUGGGAACCCUCUCUACACCCAGAGAUGCCACCCCCCAUCACAGCUGGCGGGAGACCAGCGGGAGACCAGCGGGAGACCAGCGGGAGACCAGCGGGAGACCAGCGGGAGACCAGCGGCCACCUGCUGAUACUGCAGUGGUCCAAGUUGACAUCGUUUGGCCUGAUGAGCACGUUCCUGAGAGGUGGCCAUGUAUCCUACAGAAGGCCCUGCAGACUAUGUUCAACAGUUGUCAGAGCCCAUGUGAGGUACACAGUGUAGAUGUCUUGGACGAACCACUUUCUGUGUUGGUGAAGAUAUCAUCUGCAUCAGACCCCAGAGGGUUAAACUGGCUGCUGAAGAUAAAAUCAACAGAUUUGAUGCUGAAGAAAGAGAAUAAACGGAUCAGUGUUUCUUUCUCCCGGCCUGGAAGCCCAGUUAACAACGGGAAUCAGAAAAAGAUGCCAGUGCCGGCCAGUGCACCGACAGAACCCAGAGACUCCAACCCACAAGAGCAGGGUGCCGUCAUGAAAAAGCCUGAACAACACCAAGCAGUGAACGGUCCACCCUUCAGUGCAGGCUCCACUGGGAAUACUCAGAAUGCUGGGAGUGCUCACUGGAAGUCUGGGGAAGACAGUGACGAGGAAACACACAAUGCUAAAUAUAGCAAUAGGCCCAUUCAGGAAGAUUUAAUGGAAUGUCGCGUUCCUGUCUGCCACUACAGUCAUCUGUCCAGCGCCUACAGAACGGAAAUGGAUAACAUUCAGAAGAAGUUUGGAGUAGAAUUUAAAGAUGCUGUUUUAGUUUCGAUUGAAGCAAAUGAUCGGAAGAACAAGGAGCUGGCCAAUCAGGCGUUUACUGAGCUUGUCCAGAAGCGUUGUCUAAACUUUGAGAUUGUUACCGUCCCCAAGGCCGACCAGGAACCAGGCAUCCUGACAGAGAUGCUAAAAGAAAUUCAAAAGGAUGAAAAGGCCGGGCUCGAAUUGAGCGUGUCAGCGCAGGGAUACCGUCUGAGUGGUCCGAGAGAGAGCAUCGAGGAAUUUAUGGAAAGGAUCGCUGCGAUGUCUUCUAGGUCAAAGUCCUUGCGUCUCAGGGAAAACACAGAUGAACCUGAGGAACUUCAGGUGCAAAAUCCGAGAGCUGCAGGAGCCAGUAGGGGUCUACGAGCAGCUGAUGAUGAAGAUAAAUGUCCAAUAUGCUUGGAUGAAUUCACGAAUAAGAAGAAAUUGCGUUGUACACAUACGUUUUGUUCGUCUUGUUUGGAUAAUGCAGUGAAAAGUAUGGGACCACAGUGUCCAGUGUGUAAACAAAUAUUUGGACAGGUGGUGGGAGACCAGCCUGAAGGAAUGAUGACUUACAAUGUCAUACGCGGCAAACUUCCAGGAUUUCCGAAAUGCGACACAAUUGAAAUUUAUUAUUCGAUUCCUUCUGGUAUACAGACGGAAAGGCACCCAAAUCCUGGGAAGUGGUUCAGUGGGACCAGCAGAUACGCUUAUUUGCCAAACAACCGCGAAGGGAAAGAGGUUCUGGAGCUGCUGAAAAAGGCAUUUAAGCAGAAGUUGAUCUUCACAGUUGGGGUGUCCAGGACCACUGGGCAGUCAGACACCGUCAUCUGGAAUGACAUUCACCAUAAGACCAGUCAAGGUGGAGGACCAACCAGUUUCGGUUAUCCUGACGAUGGGUACCUUCAAAGGGUGAGAGAGGAGCUGAAAUCCAAGGGCAUCAAGUAAUGAAGUUCUGGGACUGAGAUGGAGGCACAUGUACAAAGAUCACAUAGAGAAUGGAGCCCUUCACCAAUUAUUCUGACCAUAAUAUAAUCCGUUUUCUUUUACAGUGCUUAGACUUUAGCAGAUUAAAUUGGAUUGUAUGGAUUGGCGGGUGUAUUUAAAUCAUUGUACGAAAUCAAUGUAUUUUUUUUAGAAUCAUAGAUUAUAUAUACAUUUUGUCAUUUUUUUUUCUCUUAAUCAUUUAUUUCGAAAGCUGGUUAAAAGUCAAGUUUAGAGGAAAGAAAUGUUACGAUCGGAAAUGUUAAAAGGCGACCAUUAAACAAACGACCAGCAGAUGGCGAAAGCGCGUGUUUUUUUUCCGCUUUACUCUGACUUGCGCGCGAUGGACACGCAGCUACUAAAAACGAGAAGUUAUUCGGAAUGGGGGCGGGUCCGUGGGGCUGAGUGCGCACUUACGGUGGACGGGAAAUCCAAGGAAGAGUCGUUCCCACAACAGUAAUGAAUGGGAAUUUGGAUUUCCACGAAGUUUGGAGAAACUAACAGCGCGGCAUUUUGGUAAAAAGGACCAAAACUCAUUGCAAAACAUGGGAGAGUCUGAAGAUAUUUGGCUUUGGAAGAUGGAAUAUAUGUAAAAUCUAAAGGGAUUACUCAUUUAAAUGUCUUCAUACAUAACACUGAGAAACUAUGCAGGAAAUUAUUAAAUUGCCUUAAUAUAAAUGAACUAAGUGAGAUUAAAAAUGUUUAAAAAUUG